AUGGAGCUAGAUCAGUACGACGAUCAUAUUCAUUCUCUCAUGAAUCAGGCGUAUCAUUUUUUGGAAGUAGCGCACUUAUCAUGCCACAAUACAGUUACAGUGGCGGAUACAUGUCUAAAUCAUUAUCACGAAAUUCACGAAAUUCUUCAUUAUUUGAGCGCUCAUUGUAUAGCUCAGUGUUAA